AUGGAGGCUCUGCUGGUGGUUAGAGAUUUGUGGCACGCGAUCAAAGAUGAUAAACCUGAGGAGAAUACCAAGGGAAAGUCAAAGGAGGACGAGUUGAAUGACUCCAUGUCCACUAAAUUGAAGGAGUGGAACAUCAGGGAUCGGAGGGUUCUACAUUAUGUUGUUAGUGCGUUAUCCUUUGAGAACGUUGUGGCUACCUUGUUGUCUGAGGAGAUGAGGAGAGCAGGUUCUGAUAGUGUAACGCAAGAGGGUUUUUUGUCGAGAAAUGGAAAAAUCCCGGGCAUGAGCUGUUUGAACAUCCGAAUAAAGUGUCUUGAGCGCAAGCUCUUUGAUGAGAGAUAUGGAAGACUCCAAGAUAGAUUGGGAUUGGAUCUAAGAAACGGAAGCAAAUCCUUUUCCCGUGCCUCAUCUGUCACGAUAAAUGGUUACCAAUGGCAGGAGUUCGAUGUGGUCACUCAGGAUGGAUACAUACUAAACGUGCAAAGAAUACCAGAAUGUCGAGCUGGGGACAGCGGCGGCGGCGACGGCAAUAAGCGGCCAGUCCUAAUACAGCACGGCAUCCUUCUGCUGAAUGCAUUAUUCGACGGGAUGUCACGGCUGCUGAACCCGCCAGAGCAGGACCCGCCCUUGAUUCUGGCCGACAACGGGUUCGAUGUGUGGAUUGCCAACACCCGAGGCACCCGAUUCAGCAGGCGCCACACUUCCUUGGACACCGCCAACCCUGAUUUCUGCAAUUUGUUGUGGGACGAACUGGCAGCAUUCGAUCUACCGGCCGUGUUCGACUUCAUCCACCGGCAAACUGGAGAGGAGAUCAAUUACGUUGGCCACUCUUUGGGAACUUUGACAUAUUUGGCAUCCUUAUCAGAAGGGAGAUUUGUGGACAAGCUGCAAUCGGCAACUCUGUAGAGCCCCAUCACUUAUCUCAGCCAUAUGACCACCAUCCUCGUCGUCAUCAUGGCCAAAACCUUUGUCGACGAGAUCGCCAUGUUGCUGGGAUUGGCCGAGUUCAAUCUAAAAGCCAAGCCCUUGGGUGACCUUCUCCGUCCUGGUGUCGAUUGCUACGAUUUGCUAGCCGCAUUAACAGGCAAAAACUACUGUCUCUACGAUUCCACUGUCGAUCUCUUUUUGAAGAACGAACCGCAAUUGACGUCGGUCAAGAACUCGGUCCAUUUGGGUCAAAUGGUUUGCGACGGCGUGUUGAUGUACGACUAUGGGGUCGCCAGCUCCAACGUGAUCCACGGGGGGUACGCGAGGCCAUCAGUCUACAACCUCUCCAACCUACCCCACGACCUACCGAUCUUUCUCAACUAUGGAGGCCAGGAUCCGCUCUCCAACGAGAGCGAUGCCCGGUAUCUGCUCGAAAGCUUGAAGCUCUAUGACGCUGGCAAGCUCACCGUCCAGUCCAUCGAAGAUUACGCUCAUGCGGAUUUCAUAAUGGGACUGAAUGCCGAAGACAAGGUGUUUGGUCGAGUGUUGUCUUUCUUCAAAAACCAGCAGUAACUCCUAGCGACUAGCCAAUUUUACGAAAAGGAAUUGACGGAAAUGAAUG